AUGAACACGAACAGGAGCCCGCCGGGCGCGGGGCCAGGGCCGGCCGCCAGGGGACGGCGACGGCGGCGGCGGCGGCAGCCUGCCGGCGUCAUGGCGGAGAGCAGCGCGGACUGGAUGGGGUCGCUGCCGGCGGCGCUGCGCUCCUACCCGCUCUCCAAUCUCGCCAUCCCAGGGUCGCAUGACUCUUUCAGCUACUGGGUUGAUGAGAAAUCUCCUGUGGGACCAGACCAAGCCACAGCCAUCAAACGUUUGGCCAAAAUUUCUUUGGUUAAAAAGAUUAUGAAGAAAUGGUCAGUGACUCAAAACCUGACUUUCAAAGAGCAAUUGGAAGGUGGGAUCCGCUACUUUGAUCUUCGUGUGUCUUCCAAGCCUGGGGAAGUAGGACAGGAGAUUUACUUCAUACAUGGCUUGUUUGGCAUCAAAGUAUGGGAUGGGCUGAUGGAGAUUAACACUUUCCUUGAACAGCACCCCAAGGAAGUCAUCUUCUUGGACUUCAAUCACUUCUAUGCCAUGGAUGACAGUCAUCACUUCUACUUGAUCAACAGGAUCCGCUCAGCAUUUGGAUCCAAACUUUGUUCCAUUGCAUGUGUAGAGCAUGUGACAUUACAGUACAUGUGGGAGAAGAAACACCAGGUUCUCAUUUUCUACCACCAUCCACUGUACCGGGAGUAUCCCUUCUUGUGGCCAGGGAGUAAAAUGCCAGCACCAUGGGCUAACACAACCAAUGUGCACAAACUCUUACAGUUCCUGGAGACCACUCUCGAGGAACGAAGUCGUUACGGAACUUUUCAUGUUUCUCAAGCAAUUCUCACACCUCGAGUGAAAACUAUUGCACGGCAUCUAAUCCGUGGUCUGAAGAAUACACUUGUUCAUAGGAACCUGCCUAUGAUCUUGAGUUGGGUAAAAACACAGAAACCAGGCGUUAUGGGUGUUAAUAUAAUUACAUCAGACUUUGUGGAGCUUCUUGACUUUGCUGCUACAGUUAUUGCAUUAAAUGAUCUUCUUUUAGAAGAGGAUGAAUCUGCAACUAAACACUGA